UCUCUCUGACUCUCUCUCAUAUAUCGAGUUCUUUCUCUACAGUUGCCAUUUUGCAACUCAGAACUUUUCCCGCGCUUUUUCACAACCCCGAUCUGAAAAUGCCGCCAAAAUCUGAUACCGCCGAAAGUAUCGUUCUCAAAUUUGUGAAUGAGCAAAAUAGACCUCUAAAUGCUCAAAAUGUUGCUGAUGCUUUGCAAAAGGACAACCUUAAAAAGACUGCUGUUCAGAAAGCAUUGGACGCUCUGUGUGAUAGUGGGCGGAUUACGUUCAAAGAAUAUGGUAAGCAAAAGAUUUAUGUUGCCCGGCAAGAUCAGUUUGACAUUCCCAACAGUGAAGAGCUUGAUAGGAUGAAGAAGGAAAAUGCAACUCUACAGCAGGAUUUAGAAGAACAAAAGAGAGCAAUCAGUGAGGUUGAAGGAGAAAUUCGAGCACUGCAAUCAAAUUUAACACUUGAACAGAUACUUGCAAAACAAGCCAAGCUAGAAACUGAGGUUGAAGCAAUGGAAGAAAAACUUCACAAAUUGCGAGAUGGAGUCACUUUAGUGAGACCAGAAGACAGAAAGGCCAUUAAAGGAAUUUAUUUGGAGAAAAUUAGUCACUGGAGAAAGCGUAAAAGGAUGUUUAAAGAUAUUUGGGAUACUAUUACUGAGAACUCACCAAAGGAUUUAAAAGAAUUCAAGGAGGAACUUGGAAUUGAAUACGACGAAGAUGUUGGUGCAAGCUUGCAGUCGUUGAGUGAGUUAAUGCCUCAGAAUAAGAAGCGAGGAAGAGGUCAGUAAACUUGGAAGUGAAACGACGAAGAUUUUGGUGUAAGCUUCCAGUUAGGUGAAUUAACGACUUAAUCAAAGUAAGAAGCGAAGAAGAGGUUGGUAGUUGUUGUUCAAUGCUGCAUUAGGGAUAUAACUUAAGUGUUGCGCAGUUAGUGAGGUUUUGUUAGCUUUGUCUUGUUGUAAACAUUAGAUGACUUCAAGUGAUUUAGAUUUUCAUCCUCUUGAAAAACAAGUUUCAGUGGGAUCAAUAUUUUCCUGAGAUUACUAGUGAAUCAUCAUAUAGCAGAACUUUAAAUAUCUCAGAACUGCUUAGAUUUACAACACAAACUUAAACAUUCUUUUGUUUUCCAACAUAAUAGAUACGGAAAUAUUUAUAU